CCGAAAUGAAAUCCAAGUGGACUAACAAACUGAAAAUACACUAACUAACCUAUCUUCUCUUCAGCUCAAUCUGCUAUCAACGGUUUUCUAAUGGGAUUGUUUGGUGCGCGAUGGAAAUUAUCAAAAGGUGAAAACAAACGAAUUCAAGUGCUGCAGAUUUAGUAUUUUGAAACAAAGCCCAACAAAGUGCAAUCACCAACAAAAUGGAAGACAUAUCGCAGCAGCAGAUCGCGCGUCUUGUUCUAGGAUACUUAAAGAAAGAAAACCAGAAACUAGCCUACAAUAUCUUCUAUAAACAAUGCCCACAUUUUGAGAAAUACAGACAGAAGAGACAGAAAAUCUCCACGAGAUACUAUGGAAUGGGAUUGGAAGACAUCCUGCAACAAUACAGUGAAAUCUACACCAUUGUUCAACCGCGCCUGGAGGACACUGAAUAUUUUGAAAACAAAUCAUUUCAUUAUCAAGAACUACCUCAACAACUCCUCUACCUACUCAAUCAUGUCUCACAUGGUAAAAGUAAAAGCAUCACAAGUUCAAUUAGUCCUGUACCAUCAGAAAAUGAAGCAAAUACAUCAAUUGACUUCAGUUCUACUUUAGACGUCACUGCAACACCACUCAAAACAUUACCUGGCAAUGCAAUACAAGUAAACGAAACAGAAACAGAACAAAGUAGUUCGGGAGAUAAUGAAAACCCACCCAUUCAGGAGGUUGUUGAGGUUUUCAAGGAGACUUUACUUGCUAGGGAGGAAUUACAAGAGAAAAUCGCGCAUACAAUCAAUGAAGUACGAUGCCCAGAAGUGAAGGAAUCUGUUAUUUCAAGGGAAGUUGAGUCUGCGAUUGCAGAAGUAUCAGAAGCACAGAGGGAACCAGCAUUUGAAAGUCUUCUACAGGAAAUUCUGGGUGCGAGUUUCACGGAGAAAGAAAAACCACCGGAAGCACCAUCAUCCACAACAAAUAUAACCAAUAAAGAUAUUAUCAUCAUCGAUGGGACAGGAUGUGUUAAUAACACUGCUUGUUCAUCAGUUGUGUAUAAUUUAACUGAACAGGAUAUAUUAUCCAUGCCUGUUUAUGUUUGUAAUGAGAAACACGAUGAAAGAGUUAUGGUGGAGCAAGGUGUGCAAGUACCUGAAGAACGCAUCAAAAUGCUUCCUGUUCAAAACAGAACCGAAACUAUUGCGGAUUUUAUCACUUUAUACAAAUGUGAUGUGUCUAAUGAUCAACAAGAAGAAACUUUUACGUUAAUCCAAGCAGAAAAUCAACAAUUGUUACAAAUUGAACAGGCUACAGAGGUUGUGAAUAUUGAAACAGUGAUUGAUACGAAAACGCCGGACCAGACACAGAUUACCAAGUUACCAGCGCCUGCACAGACGCCGAAAAGUGGUGGUAGGUCACACAUACGUGCGCUUGACUUUAAAUUCCAAACGCCGGCGAAAGAAGUGCUGAAAAUCAAACAAGCGUCAAGUUCACCGACGAAAACUUAUACGAAUUCAAGCAAACAGAAACCAUCAAAGUCCCUGUUUUCGAAUGAUGAAAAUUCAGCGGGUAAAGGUAAAAAUCACAAAGUAGUGAAAGAUAAACCAAAAGAACCAUGGGAUAUGAAAUACCGAGCUGGUUUGAACAUGGACAAGUCCCCAGAUGAAAAUAUUGAUGUCACGAAUAAAACUAAACCGGAAAAAGCAACAAAAGCAAAGUCUACAGUGAAGAAAAAGACUCCACAGCGAAAAACUCCGAAAUCCAAGAGUAAAACACUCAAUGCAAGUCCGAAAAAUACUAACAAAGCAGAAAAAACCAAUGAAACCACUCCAGUAUCAUUAAAAAACCAGAAAACUAAACAAAUCAUCGACGAAACAAAAGUUGAGAAUGUCAACUUGAUAAAUAUAAAUAAACCGCCGAGAUUCAACCGGAAAUGCAAUACGGAUGCAAAAAAAGAAGUAAAAUUAUCAAUACCAAAAGAAACCGAAACAAAACAGGAUAUUAUCAUUGAUUCAGAUAAACUGGUUUUAUCUCCAUCGAAAUUAAACGGAAGUAAACGCUCUCUCGACUUGGAAGUUGUCCUGAAACAGGAAGUAUUGAAUACCACAACACCUGAGGUGAAUAAACUGGAACCUAUGGUCGUACCAUGCAUACUACCAUCAUCAUCAACGGUCAGGAACAUCACACCGUUGCUAGAAACACCAGCGAAAGACUAUCCGAAAACACCCUGUGUUUAUAACCCGGCGGAAACAGUCGAGACGCCAUUAACACGAGUAUUCAACGAACAAAUCGCAGGAAUGGAUAUCGCCAGCAUCCAAACACCGAAAUUAAUAUUAACACCGAGUUUUGCAAUCACUCCGUUUAUUGAUGGAAAUGGGUCGCCAUCUUAUAAUCGCCCAACGGAUUAUUCCACAUCUUCGUCGUAUUAUCAACCGUCAGACACCGAAGCGAAUAAAUCUUUGGAAAAAUUGAUUCAGGAGUGCAACAGGUUGGAAACUGUGAAUGUUAUCGGCAGGAAAAAUUUAAAUCUUAUGAAGGAUAAGGAUAAAAGUACUUCUGAUGAGUCUAGUAAUACCAGUACAAGCAGUAGUAGUUCUUCGUCUUCUUCUGAUGACUCGGAAUCGGAUCUUGAUGAGCCAACAAAUGCGACUGUUGUGGAAAAACAGCCUUCCAGGUAUCCGUUGAGGUCCAGGUCGUUGAAUACCAGCGAUGAGGUGAAAAACAAAGAUAUAAAUGAUAUCGUGAGUUCGGUUGAGUUUAUCCCGGUGUUAAAUGAUAAACCAUCCAAGUUGGAUGAUAAUAAAACUAAGAUUUUAAGCGAUUUGGACCGGAAGCGUAUGAGGGUUCUCGAAGGUAUUAAAAUGAUGGUGGGGAGAAAGGUAGGAAAACUGCAGCUAAGAAAAAGAAACCGGCGACCACAGCGAGGGUUUUAA